GGAUACUGAAUUCCUCUGAGAUUAAUCCUUCGAAUUUAUCUUAUGAUUCAAAGAUUCGACAACCAUUGUUCUUACUGUUUAUAUUGUCUCCCUCCUACUUGCUACAGCGGAGAGAAUUUAAUUUAAGUCUGCCUCCUUCAUCAGCAUGUCAUUCUCUGGCUUCUACGAGCAGCCACUUCGGCAAACUCUUUCCGAAGUUAUUAAAUUCAGCCGCCGCGAAAAAGCCCUUCACGAUGCGAAUAUCUUAGCCACGUCAAGAAAAGCCCCUCUAGAUAUUCCAGUCGAAGUUACAAGAAUUUACUUCGUUGAGACUGCUCCAAAAUCAAAGGAACCUUCCUUGAUUGGCGUCGACCGGGCCCUUCAAAAUAUUAAGAACGCGCGGAAAUCGCUUGGAAUUGAGGAAACUGUACCGAAUCGUGCCGUUUCGUUCACUCAUAUAAAGGCUAAAAAAUUUGGCACUGUUCAAGCUGUUACCGACGCAGGGCUUGACCGAAUCAGGGCCGCUCACUCUGAACCUGACGUUACAGAUUCAACAAUUGAGAUCUCUCGGAGAGUAGUCGGGAGUGAGGAACCCAUAUCAAACGACGCUGUUCCAGUUGUUUCAGUUAAUCCUGAAGCGCAUAGUUCCGUCCCGGUUACUACUGAUAUGGGACUUGAUCGAAUCAAAGCCGCCCAGUCUAUAUCCGAUAUUGAAGAUCCACCAGUUAAGGCCUUUCAGGUAACAAGUGGAAGUGAAGAAACUGUGUCGAACGAGGCGCUUUCAAUUGUCCCGGCCAAAUCUGAAGAACACAGCGCCGUUACAGUUGCUACUGAUGUAGGACUUGACCGAAUCAAGGCCGCUCUCUGUACUUCUUAUGUUACAGAUCCAAGUGUCAAUAUUGCUAACUCAACUUCCGACGUUGCAGUCUCACCGGUCGAAGUCUGCAAGUUCUUCUUGGAUCGCAAAGGGUGCAAAUACAAGAAUAACUGUCAAUACUUUCACGAUCACGAUACCAGGGCUAAGCUUAGAGAACGACGGAUGGCCAACAAUGUUAAGAAUAAGCUUGAGCCAGUGAGCACUAAUCAAGAGACUACCUAUAAGAGAGAAGUCCUUGCACUUAAGAGUAACAAUUCAAAUGUCCCCGUUUCUGUUGCUAAACCCUCAAAGCCCUUGCCAAAACCUACAUUAAAUAAGAAGAGACCGGCUUUCAAAGACUUUCACACUCCUAAUAGUUGUGUUCGGAAGAAUUGCCCAUUUCCACACGAGGAACCGGAAAAGCUUAUUGACGACACCGUUCCUGGUGAAGCCCCAGAAGUUUCCAACACCACUUCAAGCAGUCAAAUCCCCAAAUGUCCUAAAGCCAUGUUACGCAAACGCAAGGCCAAGAAACCUUCCAAAGCCAAGGUCGUUAAAACUUCUGAGCCUGAGCAGACUUUUUCGGUUACCAAACCUAUUGUAUGGGAAGGCAAUCCUAAUUUGGGUGAUGAGUCCUAUUGCACCAGUGCUGUUCUCCAAAUAUUUGGCAAAUUUGCUCCGACAAAAGAGGAAGCUAUUGAAUGGUGUAAAGAGAUGGCCGUGAAUCGAAACUUUCGCCAUUUCAUCAACUUUGAAAAUCUUUCUUUGUGGGCCCGGGCCAUCAAUUUGAACACCGAUGAGUUUCUGACACAUGUUGGAUAUUUACCAGAAAUACCUGCGCACUUCACAUUCCAGACACAGCUCUAUAUCAAAAAACUUAGAGCCGCCUAUGAAGCAGAACAGGCGAGGCCAAAGUAUGAUACAUUCCAUUGUUUCGAUAAACUUCCUAACGAGUUAUGUAUGAAAAUCUGGGGGUUUGCAGUCAGAAGUGGAAGGAUACUUACAGUCAGUCUUAACCAGGAGACAAUUCAGAAUGAAGGGGGUCCUGGUUUAUUCAAACGUCGGCGUGGAACUUCACCUUCACCAUUAUGGCUUGUUAACAAGCAAACGCAGAAGGCAUGCAUGAUGGACAGCAGCUGUGCAUUCUACUUUGGCUGCGAUUAUUUCUCCUCGCGAUUCGAUACAUUAUUUCUCAACGAUUCAGCAGAAAAUGUUAAUCUUUAUGCCCGUCAAAUUGCCCAGUGGAGAGGCAACGUUGUUCAACGAUUGUCCUUUCCUCACUACAGACUUUGUGAUGUCACCGAUAUGCCUCUCUUUGCCACCAGUAUCUACAAAGCUUUCCCAAGUCUUAUUCGCCUCGAAUUCAGUCUUUCAGAUGGGAAGUACUGGUCUAAAUACGUUGAGAAGGCACACAAAGUCGUCGAAGGAGCUAAUACUGAAAUUGCAAAGGUGUAUAAGAGACGUGGGGCUGACAUCAAAUUACCACGUGUUCGGUUUGUCCUGGUACCAGAAGAACAAGCUAUCGGAUUAGGAAUUGGUGGUAUUGGCUGGUAGAUGGGGGCGGGAAAUUAUUUGGAGUUGGUCUGCGAGGAAUUUGUGCAGUUCUUGAUUGUUCUUGAUAGUAAUUGGGUUGGAUCUCAUUGAGAGCGAGUGUUUAGAUAGUUAUGAAUGAAUAUCUUGAGUUGAAAUGGAAAAUUGAAGUUAUUCGAUCA